CUAUUUGCAAUGGGUAUACUUGACCCACAUUAUUUCAGGGAAUACUACGGUUUACUACAAUUUGACUUUAUCAAAGUUGAAGAUAGUCCAGAAUGGUUACAAAUUAAAAAAGCUUUUCCUAUAUUAAAUAAUGAAUUUUCUCUCGACUCCGAACAUAAUGACAACAGAGAAGAAUUGGACAAAGCCAUAAAUGUCGUAAAAGCUAUCCAAGUACAACAGUUUUUACAUACUUGUUUUGUCGUAAAAUUUUCUAAAUAUGUUAGAGUUCAUGUUGGUCCUGAAUAUUGUAAACGUCUCAAAGACGCUGAAAGCAACACAUUUUUUGGAGCAGUUUUUUUUUUGUAUAAACAGUAUCAGAAAAUGAUCAAAAUAGUGAAAGAUAUGCAUACGUUGCUGGUAGCAAAUGACCUUACACCAAUUAUGAUUCAUCAUGAUGAUCCUACUAUGUCUACAAGAACAAAAAUUUGUGGUACCCUAAAUCUCCUAGUGAAAGAAGAUCUAGCAAAGAUUAUUACUUCAUACUACAUGUAUGAUCUAUAUUUGGAAGAUCCUAGUACCAAACCUUCUUCAAGAAAAAAGUGCCCUAAUUGUCAAAUAGAAAGAUGUUCUCAAUGCAGAAAUUUGCUUUUUGAGUGUACUGAAAAACUUUCAGAAAUGCAUGUUCUGCAAAAUAUAAUACAUCCUUUUCUACUAGCAGAUAUGUCUGAAUACAUCGCUACACAUAUUAAAGCGAUUUGUGAAGGAGAUAUCAGACAAUCUUAUCUUCAAACUUUGGAGACGUGGCUUGAAGAAGUAGUUUUCAAGUGGUUGGACAAAAUUUACAUCCUAAAUGAAGAUUUCCCAGAGCAUAAAAUUCUUGACGACCUCAAAAACCAUUUGAAGUAUGGUCUCAAAUAUUUAUAUACUAAACAAAGAAUUGAUCAACUUUUCAAAAUUAUUAUUGAAUAUCCAGACUCAUUACCAGUUCUAGAAGAUAUUAAGGAGCUGAUGCCCAGUACAUAUUUACGGACUCAUUUUAUUCAAACGCUGAAAAGAGAAUUGAAGACUCGUCUUUUACAUCCUGGCGUUGGUACUUCAGAUAUAUUAACGGCUUAUGUUGCUACAAUAAGAACACUUCGAACACUAGACCCUUCUAGCCAAUUACUAGAUGCUGUGACUGAACCAAUUCAUGAAUAUCUCAGAACACGAUCUGAUACUAUAAGAUGUGUCGUCACUAGUUUGACUGAAGACGGGCCAAAUGAUCUCGCCGAAGAACUAGUUAGUGGGGAAGCUACACAACCAGAAGAUUCAGAUGACGAUGAUUGGAUGAAUUGGGUACCACCUCCUAAAAAUCCAAUUCCAAGUCAAUCAAAAACGAAUUCAAAAUCUGCAGACAUCAUAACGAUGCUCAUUAAUGUGUAUGGAAGUAAAGAACUGUUUGUUAAUGAGUACAGAACUUUAUUAGCAGAUCGUUUACUAUCCCAGCUAUCUUGCGACACAGAAAAAGAAAUCCGAUAUCUGGAGUUAUUGAAAUUGAGAUUCGGCGAUGCCCAACUCAAUUAUUGUGAAGUUAUGCUGAAAGACAUAGUGGAUUCGAAGAGAAUAAAUCAACGUAUUAAGGAAGAUCCAAACUAUGAAAAAAACGACAAUUUUAUUUCAGCAAUGAUAGUCUCCGCCCAGUUCUGGCCGCCUUUCAAAGAUGACAAAUUGGAACUGCAUCCAAAGGUAGUGAAACAAAUGGAAAGAUUCACUAGUAGUUUCGAAACAUUGAAAGGGAACAGAACUUUGUUGUGGAAGAAUCACCUUGGCGUUGUGGAUUUAGAGAUACAGACUGGAAAUAAGACGUUGGAAUUGACUGUGUCACCUCUCCAUGCUACCAUAUUACUAUUUUUCCAAGAGAAUAAGGAAUGGUCUUUGAAGAAGCUGAGUAAAAAGAUGUUGGUUCCUGUAACCGCACUCAGAAGAAAAAUGAGUUAUUGGCAAUCUCAAGGUUUAAUCGCAGAAUCUGAAAAUGAUGUAUUUGUGUUGGAGGAAGAUAAUGUCGAAGGUGCCAAUGUUGAAGCUGAUGUAGAAGAUGACGAAACAGAGUCUGUGAUGACCAGUACUAAAGAUCAAAGAAAUGAAGAACUACAGACUUUCUGGUCAUACAUAGUUGGAAUGCUCACAAAUCUUGAAUCACUUUCAUUGGAUAGAAUACAUCAAAUGUUAAAAAUGUUUGUGUUUGAGGGAACAAGUACUGAAUACACCUUGGAGGAGUUACAGAAUUUGCUUGAUAAGAAGAUUAGGGAGCAUCAGCUCAUUUUUUCAAAUGGGGCUUAUAAAUUACCCAAAUAAGGAUUAAUUAUGGUAACAUUAUAAGACUGAUUGAAUUUCAUUUGUAACAAUAAAUUCACAAAUACUA